UAAAAAGGAAACAGAAAAUUAAAAACCAAUCAAAAUUACGUUGCAAGUUCAGUUCAACUUGUCUCUCAUUUCAGCUUCCUAAUCGAACACUAUAUAUAAUCGAAAAUCGAAAAUUUCUGUUCUUUCGAAUUUUCGUUGAACUCUCAACGAAGCUUCAUCUACUCUGCAGAAAUGGCGAAGCCUGAGAAUUCGAAGCCCAAUAUUCCCCACUACGUUCGUUCCUCCGCCAAAGUCCACCCCUCCAACGACUUCGACGCCGACCCCAACUCCUACUCCCUCGAGAAAUUCAAGCUUUACGAAACCAGACAGCGGUUUUACUUGAUUGGGAGCGAUCGGAACAAGAGGUUCUUCCGGGUGUUGAAGAUCGACAGAUCGGAGCCCGACGAUUUGAACAUCAGCGAAGACCCCGUCGUCUACUCGCCACAGGAGAUCAAGAGCCUGCUUCAGAGAAUCGCAGAGGGCAACCGUGCCACCGGAGGCCUUACCUUUGUGGCCAAGGUUUUUGGGAUCGCCGGUUGCAUUAAGUUUCUGGAAUCUUAUUACUUGAUUUUGGUCACCAAGCGUCGGCAAAUAGGAAGUAUAUGUGGUCAUGCGAUUUAUAGUAUAGACGAGAGCCAAUUGAUUACUAUUCCGCAUGUAUCAAUGCAAACUGAUAUCGCUCAUUCUAAGACCGAGUUGCGGUACAAGAAGCUUCUAUCCAGUGUUGAUUUGACCAAAGAUUUUUUCUAUAGUUAUACAUAUCCUAUAAUGCAAAGUUUGCAAAAAAAUGUGUUAUCAAUGGGUGAAGAAGGGAUGCCGUAUGAUAAUAUAUUUGUAUGGAAUGCCUAUCUAACACAAGCUAUUCGAUCAAGGUGCAAUAACACUAUCUGGACAAUAGCAUUAGUGCAUGGCCAUUUUAAGCAGAUUAGGGUAUCAAUCUUUGGAAGGGACUUCAGUGUUUCUCUGGUCUCUAGGCGCUCUCGGCAUUUUGCAGGGACACGGGAAGGACUGAAGGACGAGGAGCAACAAACAAGUUACUUGAAAAGGGGAGUGAAUGAUAGGGGAAGGGUUGCAAAUGAUGUUGAGACAGAGCAGAUUAUCCUUGAUGAGGAAGCUGGAUCAUGCAAAGGAAAAAUGAGUUCUGUUGUCCAGAUGCGUGGCUCAAUUCCCCUUUUCUGGUCACAGGAAGCUUCAAGAUUUAGUCCUAAGCCUGAUAUAAUAUUACAGAGAUAUGACCCAACAUAUCAGGCUACCAAAUUACAUUUUGAAGACCUCGCCAAGAGAUAUGGCAACCCAAUUAUUGUGCUCAAUUUGAUCAAGACUGUUGAGAAAAGGCCUCGAGAAAUGAUGCUGAGGCGUGAGUUUGCAAAUGCGGUUGGGUAUUUGAAUCAAAUUCUUUCUGAAGAAAACCAUCUUAAAUUUAUCCACUGGGACUUUCACAAGUUUGCAAAAAGCAAGUCCGCCAACGUUUUAGCAGUUUUGGGUGCUGUGGCAAGUGAAGCACUUGAUUUGACUGGUUUUUACUACAGUGGCAAACCUAGCAUUGUUAAACGGAGGCUCAAUCAAAUUAGUCGGACAAGUACUGGAAGGGAAGCUUCUCUUAGAGAUCUAAGAGCAAACUCUGGGGACCUUCCAAGAUUUGGAAGCAGUAAUGAAACUCUAAAUUCUGCUGUUAAUCGGGAUAGGGAGUCUGUUCCUAGUCAACACAAGAAAAAUGAUAAUUCUGGCAGUGAACCACCACAUUUUCAAAGUGGUGUUCUGCGCACCAACUGCAUUGAUUGCUUGGACCGUACAAAUGUUGCACAGUAUGCUUAUGGCCUUGCAGCUUUAGGGCGCCAACUUCAUGCCAUGGGUUUGACGAACCUGCCCAAAGUGGAUCCUGACAGCACUAUUGCUGCAGCUCUCAUGGAUAUGUACCAGAGCAUGGGGGAUGCUCUUGCGCAGCAGUAUGGUGGCUCUGCAGCUCACAACACUGUAUUUCCUGAGAGGCAGGGAAAGUGGAAGGCCACUACCCAAUCAAGGGAGUUUCUGAAGUCUAUCAAGCGAUACUACAGCAAUGCUUACACUGAUGGUGAAAAGCAAGACGCCAUAAAUUUAUUUUUGGGUUACUUCAAACCACAGGAAGGGAAACCUGCUCUGUGGGAGCUGGAUUCUGAUUACUAUCUUCAUGUAUCUGGGAUUGAUGACCUUUUCCUUGAUACGUGUUCACAAGAAAAUGAUACGCACUUGGGAGGAUUGGGAAACACUCUUGCCCCUAUCCCUGCUUGCAAAGAAGAUUUUUUGAGGAUGAAGUUGACAUCCUUUGAUAAAUUGAUUGAAAGGACGUGUAGUUCAAUAAAGAAUGUAAGACUUUGCAGUGAACCAGAUCAAAGAACAGGUGGUGGUACUGCAAAUUCUAGUGUGGCGCCUGAUGCAGCUGAAAUACAGUUGAAAAGCCCAAAUUGGCUUUUUGGCCAGAGAAAAUACGAAGAAAGUGGGUCUGCACCAAAAGUUACUUCACAUGAAAUAAGUAAUGGAGGAUCCCGUAAUGAGACAGGGUUUGGUGGCUUUUGUGACUUAAAUUGGCUUUCUUCUGAUGGCAAUGAUAAUGAGGAGGAUAUCUUCCAGAGGUACCUUUCAAUGACAUCAGUGGAUGAAGCGAAUGGGUGGUACGGUGGGACACUGCUAGGUGAUCAAGAUGAAAGCAGUGAGAUAUAUAAGCACUAUGCUGAGUUAUGUCAGGGCCCUGGCAUUGAGCCUUUCAAAAAUGAUCGUGAGAUGGAGAAGCACUAUGCCGAUGCUCUUCAUAUGGGGACAAUCAAUAUUGUAGAUGAUGCAGCUGUUGAGGUAGAGAUGGAAGCCGCUCUCAAGGAGUACGAUCAAAUUGGCAGUGAUCUUGGGAGCAUCCCUACAUCAUGUAAAUCCUUAGCUGAAGAUCCGAGCUGGUUGACAAGGUGGAUCAUUGGGGAAGAGAAGGUGCAAAGGGUUUGAAGAAAUACUCUGUUCAGCUUAUAUUUAUGAAAUCUGCUCUCAGAUAUAUUAUGCUUUUCAUUGUUUUUCGACUAUCAACUGUAAAGAUAAAUGAAAUUAAGAGGCAAACACUGAGUGAAUCAUGCUUGUAUAUAUGACUAGGAUCAAAAAAAGUAGCUGUACGAUAAUGCAUGUAAAUACAAUUUAUUCAAAUAUAGUUCAACCUCCCUUUUGCAA